CUUUAGUCCCCAACGCCAUUUUCUUGUCGGCGUCAGCGGGGACAAGACGGCCCUCUAACGCCGCUCAAAAACGGUCAAAACUAUUAGAUUCACCGUGAGAUUACGCGAGGAAUCCGACUCGCCACAUGAGUUAAUGAACUGUCUGCUCCUCAAUGCAUACGCUCACAACGAAGUUGGUGUAGCUAUCCCCAGCUCGAAGAUGGACGACGGCGCGGCGAGGGAAGUUGCCUGCCGAGAGUAUCAGUCCUCGCUAGAAGACCUCACGUUCAACAGCAAGCCACACAUCAACAUGCUGACCAUUCUGGCCGAGGAAAACGUCAACUUCGCCAAGGAUAUCGUCGCGAUAAUUGAAGCACAAAUAAGCAAGGCCCCAGCAGCCGAGAAGCUUCCAGUUUUGUACUUAGUGGAUUCCAUAGUGAAGAAUGUUGGAGGAGAGUACGUCGCUGUGUUUGCUAAAAACCUAAUCACUUCAUUUAUAUGUGUCUUUGAAAAGGUGGAUGAGAACACCAGAAAGAGUUUGUUCAAGUUACGAUCGACAUGGGAUGAAGUGUUCCCUCAGAAGAAACUGUACGCGCUUGACGUGCGGGUCAACUCCGUGGAUCCGGCGUGGCCAAUCAAGCCUCUGCCGCCAACAGUCAAUGCCAGCAUUCACGUCAACCCGAAAUUUUUAAAACAGUCUGAGGAGACCCCUCCACGGCCUCCCCCCUCCCAACCGCCUCCGCCGGUAAUCCAACCCAGCUUGACCCAAGAGCAGCGGAUCAGACAGCAACUAUUGGCCAAGCAGAAGCAGCUUCUUGAGCUUCAGCAGAAGAAGAUUGAGCUGGAACUGGAGCAGACCAAAGCACAGCUGGCCGGAGGAUUUUCUAUACUACCAAGCUCCCCUCUCGCGGCAUCCCCGAAGCCAGUUGGCCAGCCCACCCCUGUGGUUCGACCCCUGAUUGCUCCCCAGCCCCCAAGUGACCCAAAGUUACCCACUAGAGACCCACGUCUGAACCGCACAGGACCCCCAGUUGUCUCUAAAAGCAAAGAGCAACCUGCUGGGAAAAGGGAAGUGCCUCCUGCCAUAAUAACUCCUGUUUUCACGCCAGAAAAACAAGCAGCAGAAAAAACGUUCCAUUCACAAAAGGUAUGGACUCCCAAAAAGGAGGAGAAGCCCAACAUAAAGUCUCCUCCAAUGAUUAAAAAUGUCCAGAGUAAAAACAAGCAGGCUGAGGUUGAGAACCUAAAGUCUGCAGACAACUCAAAGAAAGACCCCCGGUUGAAGAAACGUCCCCUGGACAAGGCCGAAGAUGGCAAAGUGGACGAGCAGAAGGAGAAGAAAAAAUGUGGCGACAAACGAGACGAGCCGACGCGGGUGCCCGAGCUGCCAAAAGCCUACAGAGGAAGGCUGCAGAACGGCUUGGGCAACAAGCGUGAAAGCAGCGUGUCUGCGGAGAAGAUCGGCGGCAAUGCCCGGACACACGUCAGGAAACGCACACACUCAAGGUCCAGAUCCCGCUCUCCCGCCUCGCCAAAGAGGAAAGGCAGGAGGUCGUCGCCCAAGAGCAGAACCAGGAGCACCUCCUUGUCCCCGUCACGCAAGGCAGGUAAAUCCAGGAGGGCCAAGGGUGAUGAGCCACUGCACGGAAAGAAUAUGCGGGAUGAGCGACCGGCGGCCAAGAAGGACCAAGCGGAGAGCAGGCGCUCCAAGACUCCGGUGGACGAUCGUCCCUCCAAGACUCCGGCGGACGAUCGCAAUUCCAAGACUUCGGUGGAUGAACGGCGGUCCAAGACUCCGGGGGACGACCGGCGGUCCAAGACUCCGGCGGACGACCGGCGGUCCAAGACCCUGGGGGACGACCGACGCUCGAAGACUCCUGCGGACGACCGGCGGUCCAAGUCCAGAGACUCGCCACGGAACCAGGAUGGAGGCAGCAAACAGGCCAAAGAUGCUCCUUCACGCUGGCGGAGUGGCUGGGAUGAGAACAAAAACACUUCCAGUCUUAAGCCAGGAGACUCUCAUGACAAGCUUGGACCACAGAGGCAUAAAACCUAUAGCACUCCAACACGGCCCACCACCCCUCGUACCCCGAAACAUCGUCUCAGCGUGGAUGCCAACCUUCAGAUACCCGAAGUCCUCAGUACCGCAACGAAGAAAGACCUGCUCAGAAUGGCAAGCAAGAGCCUGGAGAGCGGUGAAAUUUCGCAGGAGGACUUCCUGAACAUGGCUCACAAGAUCAAGAACUUCUUCCAGUAUCAGGAGGAGAAGCAACAGCAUCCAGAAAGUUGGGACCCUGCCGCCAACUUUCCUGGCAAGACAUUGAUGGCCUCGCCUCCCGAGUCCUUUGACCAGGCUCAGUUGACGUACUUUGAGCACAAGUCCAAGCUAAAGAAGACACAGGUAGCUCAUCGCUCCUCUGGGGAAGGCUGGGACGGUCUCGAGGAAUGCGAAGGGCCAGGCCGGGCACCGCGGGAAUUGGACGAGAGGAGAAGCUUAGAACGCGAAGAAUCCCGACCUCCGUUGGCACCAAUGAUAGAGGAGUACAACCACGGCAAAGAGUUCCCCGCCCUUAAAUCUCUGCCAGGUCUUCGAUUCAGGAGGAGGGCUGACCUCAGAGAGUCCAGUGAAAGAGAGUGGAACUCGCCCUUGACUGAGCGUCAAUGCGAGGAGCACAAGAGCGGCUACGACGCUCCGCGGCGGUACGUCCCGUCAGCAGAGUCUAGGCACCAGGACCCUCGGCAUCUGGACGGACCCCCCCACCCUGGCGCUCUGGUUCCCAGGAACUGUCCGAGCCCAUCUGCUCUGGAAACUCCACUCCCCAUGUUUGAGCGUGAACGCCUGUCACCACUUCACCAGAAGGACAUGGCCGACAUGAGCCCCGCUCCGCGCUUUGAGAGUCCAAACAGCGAACACUCUGAUGAUGGGCCGCUCCCUUCUGAAGUUCCCCUCGCCCCUCAAUCGAUCCUCCAGGGUCCUGUGCUUGGUGCAUUGUUGUCUAAUAUUCAUCAGUUGAGUAAUUCCCCUGGACACACCCCUCCCCACGAAGGAGGCCCCCCACCUCCCCGGUUUGAUGCUCCCGGACACAUGGGCCCAUCGAGAGCGCACCCGCCAGGCUGGUACAAUGAGCCGUCCCACUUUGAGGGUCCGCACCAAGGCAUGCCCCUUCAUCACAACAUGCCAGAGAGGUUUAACGUACCACAGGGAUCAUUGAUGAGCACGGACAAUAUGGGCCGCUUUGACGGUCCUUUGGGCCCCGCAAGGUUUGACGGACCAGGACCUGGAAACUUUGAGAAUCCGGUCCAGUGCUUUGACAACAACCUGGGGCCCGGUCCUGUACCAAUGGCUUUCCAGUCGCAGCAGCGACCAAUACCCUUUGAAAACCCCGGAAUGCGUCUGGAAGGUUCUGCUGGUCCAAUGUGUUUUGACGGACCCGGCCAGCCGGGACCCCGCUUUGACAUGCCUCUCUUUGAGGGCCAGCAGGGUCCCCCCAGGUUUGCACCUCAAAUCAACAUCCCCAUGCGUCCCAUGCCCCCUCCCAUGUACGACAACAACCUCCAGCCCGCGCAAAACUUUGCAAUGGCCCCGCAAGCGUUCCCGGAGCCCAUCAACCCUCAAUUCCACCCUGCACCGAUGGGUUUCCCCACGCAGCCCGCGGCUAACUUCAACAUGCUGCCCGGGCCUCCGUUCAGCCAGCCGGGCUCCGCCCCAUUCUUCAACCCCAGUUCCGGUAACAUGCAGCAGCCGGUGAACGUGUUGAACAUGAACCAGCCUUUCCUGCCUCAGAACGCAGCGCCUUUUGCACAGCCAGCAGCUCCCCAAUUGCCCCCUGCAGAGAACCACUUUGGUCAAGUCGACGUCAACGACUUGCUUUCUAAACUCAUCUCCACCGGCAUCAUCAAAGGGUCACAGCCCGACCCGACAGCCUCCACCACCGCAGAGUUAUCUUCCGCAGCACCAGAGGCGCCUCAUGUAGAGGAGGAAGAAGAGGAGGAGGUCGAGGAUGAUUUCCCCGACCUCACCAACUUCAAGCUCGACGACAUGAAACAACGUUAUGAGAGCGUGGUGACCAAGCUGUACUCGGGGAACCAGUGCUGCCUGUGCAGCAUGAGGUUCACCGUUGCGCAGACCGACCUGUACGCCGACCACCUGGACUGGCACUUCAGGCAGAACCAUGCCGGCAAGGUGGUUGGCAAAAAGAUCACGCAUCGCCGCUGGUAUUAUGGCCUCAGGGACUGGGUCGAGUUUGAGGAGAUCGCCGACUUGGAGGAACGGGCCAAGAGCCUGUUCUUUGAGAAGGAGAGCGAGGAGGAGGUUCAGAAGAACCAGGCAGCGGCCAAAGAGAAGGAGUUCCAGAGCGUCAAGGCAGCCAAAGACCAAGUUGCAGAGUUGUGCGAGAUCUGCCAGGAGCCUUUCGAGACAUACUGGGUGGAGGAAGAGGAGGACUGGUUCCUCAAAAACGCCAUCAGGGUUGAUGAUAAGAACUUCCAUCCUUCCUGCUUCGAGGAUUAUAAAAAUACAUCUUCGUACAUGGACAUGACGCCGUCGCCCAACAAGGUGCUGAGCGAACACCCGCUCGGCAGCUUUAUAAAGGCAGAGGAAGACAAGGUUCCUCAGUCAUGCGCUGUCGCCGCCUCGAUCAAGCAGGAAGCUGAUUCCGAGGAGGACGAAGGAGAGCGCGAUGUGAAGACAGAAGAAAAAGAGGAGCCUCUUUUAACUGACGUGCAAUCAGAAGAGAAGAGACUGUGAGUAGCUUAUGGGCUGCGCUUUUUCUUUGUUUUGAAGGAAAAAGUUUUUGGUUGGUCGGCGGUUAACUUGAAUACAUUUUGGUAUUUGUGCCGAGUACGUCACACUGUUGCUUUGAAAUGUUUCCUUUUCGGGCUAAUUGUGUAAAUGGUUUAAUUUAUACAUUAAAGUAUUUUUGGAAUCUCUGGCGUACCAGUGAUUUGAAUGGAACUGGUGUCACCUUGUUCCUAUAACUCCUCAUUUGGAUGAUUUGAUGACGGGCAGUUGCAGGGGUUGAGUUGUUUGUGGCCGCAAUGAAGGUAAGCGUCAAUCUUAUUGAUCCAUGGAAGAGCACCUGAUCAAAACAAACUUGCAGGGCACUUAUUGUUUUUUGUUUUUUUUGGGUGACAUUUUUGGGUGUAGUUUCAAUAAAGGUUCAGAAACUUUUUUUGUGUGAUUGCUCUUUGGUUUAAUUGUUCUGCUUUAACGUUAAAAAUAAAGUUAAUCUGAAUUUAA